AAGUGUGACUGGUCCAUGGAUCAGCCUGGAAACUUCAUCAGUGGAGGAGGAAUCUCUAAAUUACGAACUGAAUCACAGAGGGCAGUUUCUCCAGCUCCCAGCAGUGUGUCUAUGGAGAGUGACUGGUCCAUGGAGCAGCCUGGAAACUUCAUCACUGGAGGAGGAAGCUCUGAGCCUCGAAGUGAAACACAAAGGACAGUUUCUCCAGAGCCCAGCUGUGUGUCUCUGAAAAGUGACUGGUCCAUGGAUAAUCCUACAGACUUCUGCAAUGAAGCUGUGACCUCUGACCUAAAAACUGAAACACAGAGGGCAGUUUCUCCAGCUCACAGCAGUGUGUCUAUGGAGAGUGACUGGUCCAUGGAGCAGCCUGGAAACUUCAUCAGUGGAGAAGGAAGCUCUGAGCCUCGAAGUGAAACACAGAGGACAGUUUCUCCAGAGCCCAGCUGUGUGUCUAUGAAAAGUGACUGGUCCAUGGAUAAUCCUACAGACUUCUGCAAUGAAGCUGUGACCUCUGACCCAAACAUCAAAAAGAAGAAAAGUUAUAGUAUUCCAAUGGCUAAACUGGAUCACAUAUUCAAGAAGCUGCGGCAGAAAUUUAUUUCACUGGUGGAGAAUGAACUGAACACAUUUAAGAAGCUCCUGAGUCCAGAUUACCCAGCAUGCCCUGAGAAAGAGGUGGAUGAUGAUCAGAGAGAGGGACUGCUGGAGAUCACAUUACACAUCUUGAGGAACAUGAAGGAGACAGACCUCGCUAACACUCUACAGAGCAAAUUGGCCCCAGCUAGUCAUCGAAAGCUCAAAUCCAACCUGAGAGAUAAAUGUCAGAGAAUUAAUGAAGGAAUCUCAGACCAUGGAAACUCAGCUUUUCUAAAUGAAAUCUACACAGAGCUCUACAUCACAGAGGGAGGGACUGGAGAGGUCAAUCAGGAACAUGAGGUGAAUCACAUUGAAGCUGCAUCCAGAAAAACAGCAACACAGGAGAUUUCAAUCAAAUGUCAUGACAUAUUUAAACCAUUAACAGUACAAAACCAGCCCAUUAGAACUGUACUGACUAAAGGAGUUGCUGGAAUUGGAAAAACAGUCUCUGUGCAGAAGUUCAUUCUGGACUGGGCUGAAGGAAAGGAAAAUCAGGAUGUUCUUUUCAUAUUCCCACUUCCCUUCAGAGAACUGAAUCUGAUAAAGAAGAAGAAGCUCAGUCUGGUGAAUCUUCUCCAGCACUUCUUCCCAGAAACACAAGAUUUAAAACCAAGACACUAUAAAUGCUUUAAAAUCAUGUUCGUCUUUGAUGGGCUUGAUGAGUGUCGUCUGCCUCUAGAUUUCAAGAACAACGAGAAGUUGGUGGAUAUAGAAAAACAAACCUCAGUAGAUGUUCUACUGACAAACCUCAUCAAGGGGAAUAUGCUUCCCUCUGCUCUCCUCUGGAUCACCUCACGACCAGCAGCAGUUGGUCAGAUCCCUCCUGAGUGUGUUGAUCAGGUCACAGAAGUGCGGGGUUUCGGUGACUCUCAGAAGCAGGAGUACUUCAAGAAGAGAAUCAGUGACCGGAACCUGGCCAACAAAGUUUUCACACACAUCAAGUCUUUAAGAAGCCUCUACAUCAUGUGCCACAUACCUGUCUUCUGCUGGAUUGCAGCCACUGUUCUUGAGAAAAUGCUCAGUGACACUGAGAGAAAGGAAACCCCCAAAACCUUGACACAGAUGUUUACACACUUUCUGAUUGUUCAGAUUAAACACAUGAGCCAGAAAUACAGUGGAAAACUGAACUUGAUCCUUGUCAAGCUAAAAAAAAGUAUCCUGGCUCUGGGGAAACUUGCUUUUCAGCAGCUCGAAAAAGGAAACCUGAUUUUCUAUGAGGAAGACCUAAGAAAGAGUGGCAUUGAUGUUAGGGAAGUGUCAGUGUACUCAGGAGUGUGCACCCAGAUCUUCAGAGAGGAACAUGAGCUGCACCUGGGCAAGGUCUUUAGCUUUGUACAUCUGAGCGUUCAGGAGUUCCUUGCUGCUUUAUAUGCGUUUCUCAAUAAAAAAGAUAUGAAUCCAAAAAACACUGAUCAGCAAACUACUAAACUGUCCAAACUUUUCAGCAGAUUGGCAAUGACUGAUUUCCUCAAGAGUGCAGUGGACAAAGCCUUACAGAGUGAGAGUGGACACCUGGACCUGUUCCUUCGUUUCCUUCUGGGUCUCUCGCUGGAGUCUAAUCAGACUCUCUUACGAGGCAUACUGACACAUACAGAAAGGAGCCCUCACAGCAAUGAAGAAAUCAUCAAUUACAUCAAGCAGAAGAUUGAGGAGAAUCCUACUCCAGAGAAAUCCAUCAAUUUGUUCCACUGUUUGAAUGAACUGAAUGAUCAUUCUUUAGUGCAGGAUGUUCAGAAAUACAUUAGGAGAGGUGCUCACCAUCAUCUUCAUCAGGCCAGUCUCUCUCCUGCUCAAUGGUCAGCUCUCGUGUUUGUGUUGCUGAACUCAGAGAAAGAGCUGGAUGAGUUUGACCUCAGUAAAUAUGAUCCAUCAGAGGAGUGUCUUCUAAGGCUGCUGCCAGUAGUCAAAUCAUCCAGAAGAGCUAUACUAGCUUCAUGUAAUAUUGGAGAGAAAACAUGUGAAAAUCUGGGAUUAGUUUUAAACCUGGAAAACUCCUCCUUAAAAGAGCUGGACCUCAGUAAUAAUGAUCUGCAGGAUUCAGGAGUGGAGCUGCUCUCUGCUGGACUGAAGAGUUCACACUGUAAACUUCAGAUUCUCAGAUUAUCUGGUUGUAUGAUCACAGAAAAAGGCUUUUCUUCUCUUGCCUCAGCUCUGAGUUCAAACCCCUACCACCUAAAAGAAUUGGAUCUGACUUUCAACCACCCAGAAGAAUCAGGAGUGAAGCUGCUUUCUGCUAGACUGGAGGAUCCACACUGCAAAUUGGAGACACUCAGAGUGGAACAUGGAGGGAAGAUCAGAAUGAAACCAGGUCUAAAGAAAUGGGCCUGUGAUCUUACACUGGAUCCAAACACAGCACACACAAAUCUCUGUCUGACUGAGGGGAACAGAAAGGUGGAGUGGGUGAGGGAGGAACAGCCGUAUCCUGAUCUUCCAGAGAGGUUUAAUCACUGGGAGCAGGUGAUGAGUAGAGAGAUCCUAAGCGGACGCUGUUACUGGGAGGCUAAGUGGAAUGGAGAAGAAGUUGAUGUGGCUUUAACUUAUAAAACCAUCAGCAGAAAAGGAGACAGAUCAGACUCUAUGUUUGGACAGAAUGUAAAUUCCUGGAAUCUGAGCUGUUCUGAUAAAGGUUACACUGUUUAUCACAACAAAAACGGCACUGAUCUCCCUCCUCCUUCCUCUGGCUCUGGGCGAGUAGGAGUGUAUGUGGACUGUGCGGCCGGCACUCUGUCCUUCUACAGUGUCGCCUCUGACACACACACACUCACACACUUACACACAUUCAACACCACAUUCACUCAACCCCUCUAUGCAGGGUUUUGGUGUGAUCAAGGCUCUUCAGUGUCUGUGUGUAAGAUAGAAUAACCCCUGGUGUCUGUGUGUGUGUCUGUGGUUCAGAGCACAAUAGAAACACAAGCUGUAUAAAUUGGUAAAAAUAAAUAAAUAAAUAAUUAACAGUACUCAUAAUCAUAAUAAUCACAUAAUCAUUAAGUAAUAACUCAAUUAAAUAUUAAUAUUGAUGUAAUAGAUUCUGCUUCUGACUUUUGUGUUCAGUACUGGGAUCUCCAAUGAUGUACAUAUAGAUAAUAUAAUCAGUAUAUUAAUGACUCUUGUGAGGAGUGAUUGCAAAAUAAAGGUAUACAUUUUGGUGUUAUUUUAAAAAUUGCUUACAUGCUAACAAAACAUUUUUUCAAGGAGUGGCUGCUAAUGAUAUGCUGCAUAAAUGUAAUUCUAAUCAGUAAGGUUGAACUUGUCGAAGGGGGUCUGUACAGGGGUGGAUUCACUAUUUAAGAAGAUUUGACCUCUCUGUCUUGUGGGAGAGGUAUAAGCUAUGAUGUACACAAAACUGUCAUGGCCAGAUCCAGCUUGGUGAUGUUUUUUUUUUUUUUAAAUGUAUCAAUUAAUGUUGCAAUAUGGAGAAUACAUUUCAGUCAGUGUGCAGCACUAGUGAUGUGUGUGGUGUUUGAUCAUUCACUUAUUGUCAUUCUGACAAAAUAUGCCCUGUUUUUCUUAAGCAUUCGUAAAAAACUGUUACACGAUUAUAUUGAUAUCAGACAGUGUUGUGUGUAUUUUAUUGUAUUGUCCAUAUCUU